CUCCAGGUGUUUCAACUGAGAUCUGCGGGAUAAAACAUUGUAAAAUGAUGUUUAUUAAAGAAGAGAGUGAGGACAUGAGUUAUCCAGAAUCAUGCAGUUCAAAUGUCAUGAAAAAUGAAGAUACUGAGGAACAAAGAGGAGUGGCAUAAAGUCACCCAACAGCAAUGUGAAAGACUGGUGGAGAGCAUGCCAAGAUGCAUGAAAGCUGUGAUUGAAAAUCAGACCUGAUGGACAUGAAAAAGGAAUGUCAAGAACUGAAUGAAGUGAAGGAGGAGAAACACAAUCCGGAUCAGACACUUUAUAGUUUAAAAACUGAACAAAACUCUUUUAGUGGCUCACAGACUGAAAAUUAUUUUUCACAAAAGAGAUCUAAAAUCACAAGAUUAAAACAUUCUUUCACCUGCCAUGAGUGUGGCAAUACUUUUACAUGUAAAGCAAGUCUUACUAAGCACAUGAGAAUUCACACUGGAGAAAAGCCUUUCAAAUGCCAUCAGUGUGGGAAGAGUUUCAUAGAGGCGUGUAGUCUCAAAAAACAUCUGUCCUCUCACUCUAGAGAAAAGUCAUAUUGCUGUGAUCAAUGCGGUAGAACAUUUUCUUCAAGAUCAGUCUUAAGAACACACCGGAAAAUUCAUCCAAAUGAGAAGCCUUACUUGUGUUCAUUUUGUGGAAAGAGUUUUUCACGUGUGCAAAUUUUAAAAGACCACCAGAAAAAGCAUGCCGGUGUGAGACCUCAUGUGUGCUCUGAGUGUGGUAAAGCCUUUUACAGAGCCUGUGACUUGGAACUGCACCAAAGAGUCCAUACUGGAGAAAAACCUUACAAGUGUUCACAUUGUGGAAAAAGUUUCUCUAUUUCAGGAAACCUGACAAAACAUGAGAAAGUGCAUACUGGAGAGAAGCCACAUCACUGCACUUCAUGUGGAAAGAGUUUCAUUACAUCAGGAAACCUGAAAGCACAUGAGAGAAUGCAUACUAGAGAGAGGCCGUACCAUUGCACUUCAUGUGGGAAGAGUUUUAUUAGGUCAGGAAACCUGAAAGAACAUGAGAGAUUGCAUACUGGAGAGAAGCCAUUCCAGUGCACUUCAUGUGGGAAGAGUUUCACCCAAUCAGGCUCUCUGCUGACUCAUAGAAAAAAGCAAUGUCCAGGGUUGUCACAGUGAGCAAAGUUCAUUAUUAUUUGACUCACAAGUAGUAUGAAAUUUAGAAAAGCGAAAACAAACAAGAUGGAAUUUCUCUCAAAAGAACAAUUCCAGUUAAGUGGAUGAAUUGCUACAAUACCUGUAAUGCUGAAUGAGCUGUCAUUCUAUGUUAGGGGUAGAAGAAUGUUUGUACUUUCUCAACAAACUAAUAAUAAGUCAAAUUAUUAGUAUAGAAAACUAUUGUUGAUGCUGUGAUCUGCUAAUUUAUGCUAACAGUGAUAUAAUUAUUCUAUUAAUCUAUUAUAUCUCCAUUCAGUAAAUUGUUAUCUGUUACACAUGGAGAACUGAAAAUACUUUUUUAUCCACUGGAAUAAUUAAUUUAGUAAUAUGGGAUUAUAAACUAUUACAAAAGCACAAGAUGUACAGCAGAAUAAUAUCCCAAUGUCAGAUACUUUUCUAAUGUCAGCAUUUAUAGUAAAAGAGUAUCUGUAAGUAUU